UUACGUCAUAUUUCAGCCAUUUGUAACUCCUUAUUUGGGUAUUUUGAGUCUUUAGGGGAGGUGUUAAUGUCUGAGAAUCGGGAGGACAUAGGGAUUUUGUGAUAGAGUAAGGAGAAAAGAUAGAGAAAUAAGGGAGAGAGGUUGGUGAGGUGUUUUUGAGGUUGAAGUGUUUGUUUGUGUUUGUUUUUUUGGUUAGUUUUUUCUGUAGUUUUGUUUUUUCUGUGAGUAUGGGUAUUUGUAUUCGACCCUGUGUCAGUGGCUGUUGCCGUGUCACUUCAUUUUGUACAAUAUAAGGGGGUGUUAUUGUUUUUUUUUUUUCCUAGUCAAGAGUCUAUAAUGACAUUCGUUCAUUGUUUGUUGUAUAAUGAGAAAGUGAUUUGGGAAAGCAUAUCAGUAACCUCACAGUGACUCAAGUGACUGCCAUGGUACCUUUGGUGUCCUAGGCAAGAUGAAGAAGCCAGUUACAAAAGUGUUUGUAAAAGAAUGAGGAAAAGAAAAGUUUUCUGUCAACAGUAGAAGGCUGUCUGACUGCAUAUCUUGUGUCUUCUUCGUGCUGUUUAUUGUGCCUUGAGGAAUGUAGUUGAAGCAGCUUAAAGCAUUGGCGUAAUGUCGAUGCUUGGGCUUGAGCCUAAAAAUUGUCUGUCAAGUUUGUGUUGAAUCACAGAUAAAAUAAAUUCAUUAAUUGUAAAUGAUAGAAUAUAUUCAAAUAUCAUUAACCAGUUUAUCUUCAGCCAAAACUCUGCAGUAACCAUACAGUAAUUACAAAAUUAUUGUAAAUGAAAAAUUGUUUUGAAAAUGCAAAAAAAAUAUGCUUCUGCCAGAAUGGCAUCAGGAGAUUAUAAUGGGUGAUUGUUUUCAAAGUGACUGUACCCCCUUCACACUAAUUGCCCAUUACUCCGACCAGCAAUCUCCAGGUAGUACUUCUGGCAAUACACAAACAUUGCUAUAUGAACUGAAACCCUUCCUAACCCUGGGGCAUUGGUCUUGGACCCCCACCCAAUUGCCAUGGACUUAGUCUCUGCAUGCUAUGUGCCAUGAACUAUUUUCUUCUUUUUUGCCAUUAUUUGUCAGCACAAUUUAUUUUAUAUAUCAUUGAGUAGUUUUCCCUUCUGUCUGUGACAGUGUCCUUUAGCUCAAUUAGUAAUUAUAUAAAUUUAUACCUUAUUUAGUAUAUUCAGUCAAAAUACAUGUUUUUUCUUACUAAUGCAAAAUGGCACUGAAAUGCUGGUAGCUGUAGGAACCUUUAAGCAGAAACUGAGCAUUGAGCUUUAAUUGUUUAGGGUCUUAUGCCACUAUUACAGUAUUUGUUAUAUCAAAUAUAUCUCAAAAAAACAAAAAAAAAUGAAAAACAAAAGUAGACAAACAUCUGAAGUGUGUUCAAGUAUUGAAGCAAGUAAACCAAUGGUUUACCAAGGCCAGCCCAAUACUGCUUAUCACUGUCAUCCUUGCUCAGUAAACUUCACUUAUAAAAGAUCAUGAUUACCUUAACCAAAAAGCUGAAAUCCAGCAAGGGAGGAGGGAUACCUGAGCCUCCCAAGAAGAGGAUUUCCAUUAGAGAUCAACUACUUGUUAAAGAGGUUAGUGAAAUGGAGAGCAACCUACCAGAGGGAUGUACAGUCAAGUUCGAGGACCCCAACGCCCUCCACACCUUCCGGCUCGUCGUGGCCCCACCUGAGGGGUAUUGGGCUGGGGGCGUGUUCGUUUUUAGUAUCAAUGUACCUGAAGAAUAUAAUAUAGCUCCUCCUGUUGUGAGAUGUGAAACGAAACUGUGGCAUCCAAACAUCAGUGAAGAAGGGGAGAUCUGCCUGUCUCUCCUGAGGCAGAACUCCAUCGAUGGUCUUGGCUGGGCGCCCACGCGGAGGUUAAAGGAUGUCGUGUGGGGUCUUAGUAGUCUUUUCCAGGAUCUGUUGAAUUUUGAUGAUCCUUUAAACAUCGAAGCUGCCGAACACUACCAGCGUGACAAGGACUCCUUUAGAUGGAAAGUUAGGGACUAUAUAGAGACGUAUACAAAACGAUGAAGCACACAGGGAUUUCUCUCGGCAUUAGCUUAAGUUUGUAAAUACUCUUCAACCUCUGUGCGCUUUUCCUUUCCACUGGGGGGAAAAAAAAAAGAUUGUUCUCUGAUUGACUAACAUUUUUUACCAUUAGCUGUUGUUAAGCCACAUGUACUACUAGUGCUUUAGAUUUUGAUAUCCAUUGUAUUAUUUUUUUUCUCUCUCUCUCUUCCUUUUUUUUCUCUCAUUUUGUGAUAGCCUUUUUCUCUUAUUAUGCAAAGAAAGGUUUCGUGUUUCAAAUGGAAGUGUAGGAAGGGUGUUGUAGCUUCAGUUUUAAAUAAAACCCAUGGCAUUACCAAAUCAGUAGCCCCCUCCCCCACAUACACACUCCCCAAACAAACAAACAAAAAGAUAAAAAUAAGAUAAAAACAUGUUUCACAGCAAAAUAGGAUUCAGUAGGUAAGUGUACCAUUUUUCUCAAAUAAGUUUCAUUCUAAUGUUAUAUAAUUAAGAAAUUUAUAUAAUUAAGAAAUUUAUAUAAAAAAAACAUAAGAAAAGAAAGUGUAGAACUCUUCCAGAAAGGCAUCCUUUCACAUGGGAAAAAGGGGAUGGAACAUCUAGGAUUUGGUGUUUUGUUUUGCAAUAUUGUUUAUUUGUAUGUGAGAAGGGAAUCGAGUAAGUGUUAUUGUUUCUGUUAAGUGUUUCCCUUUCCAAAUGGAGAAUAGCCACCAGUGUCAUGCUGCAGAAAUCAUCUUUUCUUUUCCUUAACUUUCGACACAAGAUAACAGGAAUCACAUAAGGGGUACAAGGGAAGUUAUGGACCCUAAAAGUAUCUCGAGCAAGAUCCAUGCUUAAAGACAUUUCUCAUAAAAGAAAAAAAGAAAAAGAAAAAAGAACAUUUAUGAAUAUUACGAGUAUUCCCUCCUUUUCCUUGUCAUUCUCUGAAGGGUGUUAGCAAAUGGACCUGUAUUCUCUCUACCCCACGAUUCUCUCAGAAGUUGUUACUUUUUUUUCCAGGAUAACUACUGGUAAUUACACACAAGAAACUUUGCUGCUCUGAAGUCAAGCAUUAAAUUACUGUCACAUUUUUUUCUCUCUUUUUCUCUUUCUUUUCUUUCAGUCUUCUGUGCCACCUGUGUUGAGCCCUCUUAGAUUGCAGCUAUUUUUAACAGCAUACAUGUUAGCUGUACCAAACCACCUGGUGUUGGCAAGCACUUUCUGCUCACAAUUGCCCCAUUGUAUAAUGCAACAUUCCAACUGGUCUACAUAGAUGUAGAUCAUGCAACAAUAAUUGCUCAAUAAGCAAGUCUCCAUGACUCAUCUCUAAGAGAAUGCAAACCUGGUAUUUCUUGUUGGUGUCAAGUUAUUUAUUUCUAGAAGAGGGCAUAGAUGGAGGCCUAAGACCUUCUAGGUAUCAUUUUAAGCUACACUGUAAGCAGUGGGCUGUAGCAGUUCAGUGCUGGUUGUGAGAUCUAUUGGUAAAACUCAAACAACAGUUUUCAAGAUUUGAGAGUACAGUUAAUUCACACCAGUUGAUCUUGUGAAAAUGAAGUACUAGUAAUGUACUUGUUGCAGGUCUUUCUAGUCAUGAGAUCUAACCUAGUAGAGAGACAUUCAAGCGUAUAGUUAAGAAAGUGUACGGUAUAUUUGUGAUACUUAAAGGAAAGUAUAUAUGAAAAGGCCUUCUUUUUUAAUAGUUAGUACAUCACCCAAUAUUUUCUCUAAAGGAAAUGACUAAUUAGAUUAUUUAGAUUAUUAUAUAAUCGAUCAAGUUGGUAAGGUGAUGAUAUGGAUGUCAUGUUGUACAGUUCUAUUUCAACUGAUGCCUCAGACUGUAGAAACCAUAGCGAGAAAAAAAAAAAAAAAAAAACACAACAAUAAUCUCAGAAUUAGGUAGGUAAUAGUGAUGCCUAAUGUGAAUGAGUAUCAUGAAAAUGACCCAACUUUCUUCUUUUUGUUAUUUCUAUACUCCUGUAAAUGCCUUUAUCAAGUCAUCAGUAAACAGUUAAAUAUGAAUUACUACUGACCCUUCAUUUUUGAGUGUGUUGCAUCAUGACAUUUAAUUAUAUAUGCAUUUGUGUUUUGCAAGUGCUUUUAAAUUUGUUUGAAUACAAAUAUCUUGUGUCAUGGAUGGUUGUUUGGACAGCAUAUCGAUGCAAACAAGGAGGAGUUCUACCUGGCAUGUUACACCACAUGAUUGUGAUAUUAUUAGUGUAUUAUAUUCAAGCUGUUCUCCAAACUCCUUUCAGAUUAUUUUUAUUGGAUUCUCAUACUGUACAUGGUUUCAGUUAAUUUUCUAUUGAGAAUUUUGUUAGAGAAGUGGAAACAUGUACUUUGAUAGACACAGAAAUGUAUGUAACAUUGUUUGAAUUGACUCUAAUGAUUAUCCUGUAACUUUUAAAUAAAAUUUAUUGAAAGGC